AUGGCAUGGAGGAGCCAGUCUGGAAAGAGUGCUGGACACAAAGGAGAUGGAGGCUCAGCAAAAGGAUCUGGCAAAUGGCAAUAUUGGCAGGGUGCCUGGUCGCCUUCACAGCACCAGAAGGGAGCGCCCUGGCGGAGAACACAAGGCAAAGGCCAGGACACGAAGGCGGCUCUCAGCUUUCCUGGUUACGAUACAGCGCAGAAGGACGAGAAACACAUCUCCGAGAUCGCGACUGUGAAGGAGAAGGAAGGAGAUGGCUAUGCCUCUGCCCUUCAACGUGCCAUCAACCAGGUCAGGAAGGCCGAGGCGCGUACUCGCAAGGCUAUGGCAGACAAGAGGGCAAGGGCCAUCCAAUGGACCAAUUGGGUUGCCGAACUCAAGAAGACAUUUGCCAAGGAGAAGAGUCGUUACCAGGCUGCAGUUUCUCGGUUGGAGCGAGAAUUGGAGGAGGCCUUUUUGGAGCAAGAAGGUGCUCGUGCUGGACUGCGGCGGGUGGCAGCCAGUAUGGAGGUCGAGUCUGGCCAUGGCAAUGGCCUGUCAGAGACAGUGGACGCAGGCUCGGAGAUGGCUGCGACGCCACCGCCGAGGAAGCUUCCAGCAUACAGCCUGGAGGUCAGUACGCCCCUACAGGGAGCCAAGGCACGACCGCCCAGGGAGGCGCAGCAACCUCGUGUCGGCGAUGCUAUGGUGUCACCUGGUCAAACUCCGGCAGACACAGAUCCUUACAUGGCCUCGCCAUCGGCCGCGACCAGGCGUUCGAGCCCUUCGACAGGUGGUCGGAAGAAGCUUGCUACUCCAGAUGGUGCAUGCCGCGAGGGGGUCAAAGCUGCCGUACGCCCAGUGGCCCCGAAGCAUGCGAUCAGCUCGUCUCAGUCUCUUGCGGACAAGCUCGAGGCCAAGCGCAAGGCCUUGGUGGAGGGCGGCGCGCUUGGCUGUUCAGCCACGGUGCCUCCUCCGACAACAGGAGUAGGGCCUGGUUUGGGACAGCCCCAGCAUCACAUCUUGUACGACGAUGGCGAGGAGAAGGAGUUCUCAGAUACUUCCGACUUGGAAGCCUGGUACAACGACAAGUUUGGAGAUCCGGGUCUUCAGGCCUUGGA